CCACCAAGCGCCUGGUCCACGCGUCCGAGCCCUACAGCAAGCACUCGCAGGAGCUGUAUGCCACGGCCACCCUCCAGAGGCCGGGCAGCCUGGCAGCUGGGUCCCGGGCCUCAUACAGCAGCCAGCACGGCCACCUGGGCCCGGAGCUGCGGGCCCUGCAGUCCCCAGAGCACCACAUAGACCCCAUCUAUGAAGACCGCGUCUAUCAGAAGCCUCCCAUGAGGAGUCUCAGCCAGAGCCAGGGGGACCCUCUGCCGCCAGCACACACCGGCACGUACCGCACGAGCACAGCCCCAUCUUCCCCCGGUGUCGACUCCGUCCCCUUGCAGCGCACAGGCAGCCAGCAUGGCCCGCAGAGCGCCACCGCGGCCACCUUCCAGAGGGCCAGCUACGCCGCCGGCCCGGCCUCCAACUACGCCGACCCCUACCGACAGCUGCAGUAUUGUCCUUCUGUGGAGUCGCCCUACAGCAAGUCCGGCCCUGCCCUCCCGCCCGAAGGCACCCUGGCCAGAUCGCCGUCCAUCGACAGCAUCCAGAAAGAUCCCAGAGAAUUUGGAUGGAGAGACCCGGAACUGCCAGAAGUGAUCCAGAUGUUGCAACAUCAGUUUCCUUCGGUCCAGUCUAAUGCGGCGGCCUACUUACAGCACCUCUGCUUUGGAGACAAUAAAAUUAAAGCCGAGAUAAGGCGACAAGGAGGCAUCCAGCUCCUGGUGGACCUGCUGGAUCAUCGGAUGACGGAAGUCCACCGCAGUGCCUGUGGCGCCCUGAGAAACCUGGUGUACGGGAAGGCCAACGAUGACAACAAGAUCGCCCUGAAGAACUGCGGCGGCAUCCCGGCGCUGGUGAGGCUGCUCCGCAAGACCACCGACCUGGAGAUCCGGGAGCUGGUCACAGGAGUCCUUUGGAACCUCUCAUCUUGCGACGCACUCAAAAUGCCCAUCAUCCAGGACACGCUGGCAGUGCUGACCAACGCGGUGAUCAUCCCCCACUCAGGCUGGGAAAAUUCACCCCUCCAGGAUGAUCGGAAGAUCCAGCUGCACUCCUCACAGGUGCUGCGAAAUGCCACUGGAUGCCUAAGGAACGUUAGUUCGGCCGGAGAGGAAGCCCGCAGGAGGAUGCGGGAGUGCGACGGGCUCACGGACGCGCUGCUCUACGUGAUUCAGUCUGCGCUGGGGAGCAGUGAGAUUGAUAGCAAGACCGUGGAAAACUGUGUGUGCAUUUUAAGGAACCUGUCGUACCGGCUGGCAGCGGAAACGUCUCAGGGACAGCACGUGGGCACGGAUGAGCUGGACGGGCUGCUCUGUGGGGAGGCCAACGGCAAAGACGCGGAGAGCUCCGGGUGCUGGGGCAAGAAGAAGAAGAAGAAGAAAUCCCAAGACCAGUGGGAUGGAGUAGGACCUCUUCCAGACUGUGCAGAACCACCAAAAGGGAUCCAGAUGCUGUGGCACCCAUCCAUAGUCAAACCCUACCUCACACUGCUCUCUGAGUGCUCAAAUGCAGACACGCUGGAAGGGGCAGCAGGCGCCCUGCAGAACUUGGCUGCAGGGAGCUGGAAGGGCUGGGCUGAGGAUGUGGCAGGCAUGGCGUAUGCCCUACGUUCACUGCCAGAGGGGGCUCCCUGCCUGCCACAGUGGUCAGUAUAUAUCCGAGCUGCUGUCCGGAAAGAGAAAGGCCUGCCCAUCCUUGUGGAGCUGCUCCGAAUAGAUAAUGACCGCGUGGUGUGCGCCGUGGCCACGGCGCUGCGGAACAUGGCCUUGGACGUCAGGAAUAAGGAGCUCAUCGGCAAGUACGCCAUGCGAGACCUGGUCCACAGGCUCCCGGGUGGGAACAACAGCAACAACGCGGCGAGCAAGGCCAUGUCGGACGACACGGUGACAGCGGUCUGCUGCACCCUGCACGAAGUGAUCACCAAGAACAUGGAGAACGCCAAGGCCUUACGGGAUGCCGGCGGCAUCGAGAAGUUGGUCGGCAUCUCCAAAAGCAAAGGAGACAAACACUCUCCAAAGGUGGUCAAGGCCGCAUCUCAGGUCCUAAACAGCAUGUGGCAGUACCGAGAUCUGAGGAGUCUCUACAAAAAGGAUGGAUGGUCCCAGUAUCACUUCGUAGCCUCGUCUUCAACGAUCGAGAGGGAUCGGCAAAGACCCUACUCCUCCUCCCGCACGCCCUCCAUCUCCCCUGUGCGCGUGUCUCCCAACAACCGCUCAGCAAGUGCCCCAGCUUCACCUCGGGAAAUGAUCAGCCUCAAAGAAAGGAAAACGGACUAUGAGUCCACUGGCAGCAACGCCACUUACCACGGACCUAAAGGAGAACACACUUCCAGGAAAGACACCAUGACAGCUCAGAAUACUGGAAUUUCCACUUUGUACAGGAAUUCAUAUGGUGCGCCCGCUGAAGACAUCAAACACAACCAGGUUUCAGCACAGCCAGUCCCCCAGGAGCCCAGCAGAAAAGAUUACGAGACCUACCAGCCGUUUCCAAAUUCCACGAGAAACUAUGACGAGUCCUUCUUCGAGGACCAGGUCCACCACCGCCCUCCCGCCAGCGAGUACACCAUGCACCUGGGACUCAAGUCCACCGGCAACUACGUCGACUUCUACUCCGCUGCCCGUCCCUACAGUGAACUGAACUAUGAAACGAGCCACUACCCGGCCUCCCCCGACUCCUGGGUGUGAGCAGGGAGGCACGCGGCGCCGGGAACAGUGCAUGUGCAUGCAGACCACAGACAUUGCUUUUUUUUUUUUUUCCCUGCAAAUUUAGUUUGUUAAAGCCUGUUCCAUAGGAAGGCUAUGAUAACCAGUAAGGAAAUACUCAGAGCUAUUUUAGAAUGCUAAAUGAAUUGAAAGUUAACUUGAAAGUCAGUAGAAAGCUAAAGUGAUCCUAAAUCUGACAUCACGCGACACUUUUGUAGGGCAGGCUGUAGAGUCUAAAAAGUGCUUUACACCGAAUGUGGCUGAAGGCAGCACAGGAGGCGGUCGGGGUGACGGGCGCGAGGGUUAUAAGCACAGAGGCAGCGUAGUUCACACACUUUAGAGGGACGGCUUCUCACGCUUUGUUUACUCCCUUCAUCCGUUGUGAUUCUAGGCUUCAAGUUGCAUUGGGGUUCCUCUGUACAGCAAGACGUUUCUUGCCUUUUGUUAAUGCAUUGUUGUAAAGUAUUUGAUGUACAUUACAGAUUAAAGAAGAAAAGCGCGUUGUGUAUAUUACACCAAUGCCGCGGCGUUUCCUCAUCUAUGGUUCUAAAUAUUGCUUCAAUUUCAAACUUUUGAAAGAUGUAUGGAUUUCCAGGGUUUUUUUUUCCUUUCUUUUCUUUCUCCCAGUAUGUUUUAACAGAAAAAAAAUGGGGAAAAAAAGGAAUAUUUAGCAGUAUUGUUCGUUCUGAUAUGUGACUUUGUUUGUGGCAACUAAGCAAGGUAUUCAGCAGUUUCUGACAAUUAACAUACAUCAUUCCACACUCCUUGUCAACAAAGUGCUUUUUCACUGCCUAAAAUUUUAGAUGUAGAUAUUUGAAAUAGAUUUUUUCAUUUAUACCAGUUUUCUUUAUGAUGAUACAGUGUUAAAAGAAAAUAAAUUACAAUUGAUCUGUCAUCCAUAUUUGCUAAGAAUGUCUGUUUCCAAGGACCUAUCUUACAAAACACACAUUCUUGCUCGUGUGUCUGUGCGUGUGUGGGUGUGUGUCCCUGUAUGUGUAAAAAUGACCUGUGUGAGAUCUUAUUUUGAUAGAAACGACUUCAUUUGCUGUUCAUCUUGUACAAACUUUGUUUUUGGUUUUUAGUAUAAAUAUACAUCAGUUUGUUGCUUUUGUACUCAAUCUAUUCUUCUGACCAUCUAGUGACUCAGGAUAUUAGGCCAGCUGAAGUAAAGUUAUAGGACCUUCACCCAUUCACACAUUCUUGGAUACCAACUCUUUCUGUAGGCCCAUUUCCUUCCAUGUUUUAUGCCCUCAGAACAUGAGAAACCAUGGCCAACUGGAUAAUUUCACAUUGGGGCCAAUUACUUGAACUAUCCACAGAAAAUGUAAACUGCUCGCCUUACUCCCCCCAAACUUUUUUGUUCAUGUGGCAGGGAGCAGUAGACAAUAAUGGAUUAGAUGAUUAAAAUUGAACUUGAAGCUAAUGUUAGAAUAGUGGUUAACAGAACUAAGAAGUAAGGCUAACCAUUCAAAAGAACACGGGCUGUGGGUAAAUUAGCUUUGCUCUUUAGAUGCAAGUGACUGAGGCCAAUAGGUGCCUAGUAAAUGUUAACUGUUCUUGAAAAAA